AUGGCAGGGAAAAGUUCACCCUUCAAAAAGUUCUCUCAUCAUCGUGGUAACUCAACUGAAGAGCCUCUACAAUCACAAAUUCAUCACCGCAAGUCUCCUUCGAUAGGAACGCGAAACCCACCGAUCGCGGGUCAUACCAGGGAUGCUUCGCGAUCUUCAAAUACAUCGGUGAGCUCGAACUUCCUAGCUGAACAGUAUGAACGUGACAGAAGGGCGAUUUUGAGCAGCUGUUUUGCAGAGGACACAUUGGGCUCGAAUGCCGCUUCUAAACCAUCCAAAACGUAUGUGACGCAUGUACGAAUUAUAGAGGACACACGAUACCCAAGCUCCAGACCGCCUGCCACAUCGCCGCUUGCGAACAAGAAAAAAAGGGUGCUCAUCGUGAGCGCUCGCACAAACGGCGCGGGCAUGCAGAUCCACAAGGCACGGGAAAACACCAAUGGCUCCAUUCAGAUCGGCCGAACGUGGUCAUUGAAAGAACUAGUGUGCGUCGAGUCUGACCUGGAGCAUCCAGAGGGGUUCGCCUUCACCAUGGGCAAACGUUAUUACUGGGAAACCAACUCCGCCAAGGAACGUACAGUUUUCAUAAAGACGCUGAUCAAGAUAUACAUGGAGGAGUCCGGCGGGCGCGUACCACGGCUUGUUAACUGGGAUCUAUCACUCUUCUACCUCGACGAACAAAGCUACAAAAGAGCCGCGAUUCCAUCGGCGACCCAGCAUAGCGUUUCCAGCUCCGGACAAAGCACCUCAAGGCCCGCAACAACUGCAUCAAACCAAUCUUCUGCUACCAGCGGCUUUGAAGCGUCACCCCAUGUGCCCCACGCACCAGUAAAACUUCCUGCUAUAGCGUCGCGACCCAACCACUCCCAGGACUCGCGAAACACAGGCUCGUUGGCCCCGGAGACGAAGCAGCCUCGAUUACACAAUUCCAGUACUGGCAUACCUCAACAUCCUCAGCACGUCAAGCCCCCGUCAAGGUCGAAGGAGGACCCACAGCUGGCCGUUGCUGCCAGUCAAAGGGCCCCCACUCCUACCCACGUCUCGGAACGGCCGAGAGAAGAACCACAACUGAAUGUCGCCACUACUCAUAGGGCCCCCACUCCUACGCACUACUCUGAUAGGUCGUCACCGUCUUCAAAAAGCCUCAAUGAUCCGGCUAACUACCAUCAACAUGCUUCGAAGAAAGGGGGCUAUGAUCAGCAAAAAGCGAAAGAUGCCGAGCCCCUAACACUUUUACCUUCGCAUUCCUCACACCAGUCGCUUCAAGCUCCCAGUGGUGAGGCAAUUCCUUAUCACCUACACGAAGCUAAAGACUCUCAAACUCCUGACUCCGCAGACUUUUUGUCUGAGCUGAACUCCGUUUUGACGGAGCCUUCGAAGCCCUCCCAGCUUAACGGUCUUAUUAUGAAAGAUGUAAGAGAUCCAGAGCUUGCGAGUUUUAGUAUCACCAAGCAAGAUGACGAGAGCGCCGAAAUCGAGGACUUGAACAAAUCUGUGUCAUCAGAUGAGGUUUUGUCUAUGGAUCUCAAAGAUGACACUAAUGAGCUCUCUUUUGAAAGAGGAGACGAGAUGCGCUACAGCCAGGUUUUAGAAGAAAGAGAUGAGGAGCUUAUUGACGAAAAUGACGUCAAUAACGAAGACUAUGACGACUUGGAAGAAGAACAUGGGUACCAUGCUUCUCAUGCUUAUCAUGAGGUUUCUGUUAUAAAGGAAGAGCCUGUAACUGUCCCGGCUGGGGACUUCAAGAAGGAAGAAUUGAGUGUUGCGGCAAGUGCUUUCAGUGGAAUUGGUGAUCAAGUGCUCGUGGAAACUCUUGAAGAUGUUAGUUGGUCAGUUGAGGACGGCUCAACCGAACUACUCCAUAAGCUUUCCAAAAAGCUCGCGGACACGGAGUAUCUUUUAAACAGAGAACUCGUAGCACUGCCGAAAAGUUGCCUAGCUUUUCCAGCCCUCCAGCUAAAAGUUCUAGCAGAAUGCGAAAAACUGGACCCAACUUUGUCGUUCUUUGCAAUGGAACUUUCAACAGUUUCUAGGGAUAUCGAGUUUGUGGAAAAUCAAGAAAAUGGUUUACAGGUUGAGAGUGCAAACAAAAAGAUGCUGUGGAAGGAGCUUUCAGAGGUUUUGAGCUCAGUGUCCGUUGACGAAAUUACCCUAAACAAUAUUAUGGCUUUACCCUUGACUGAAAGGAACCUGCAACAGGUUGAAGGCCUAUUGAAACCAUUGUAUACAGCACUGAAAGCCAUACGUGGUGAUGAGGAAGAGGAGGAUAGUAACCUUGGCGUGCUGAGGGCUUUGAAAGAAAGGAGGCAGGCUUAUGAAGUCGUGACUGGGAAGUUCAUUAAUCGCGUUGCAGACGAAAUUCACAAAAAGUUUGUCAGUCUGCAACAUGAAAAGGUACCUAAUGACCAGCUUGCAAAUGUCUUGGGAAGACUUUUGAUGUUCUCAUCAGUGAUUCUCUUCGCCAAAGAUUUCUCUUUCGAAGUUUACACCAACAUCAUUGAUGAAGCAGUUAGCGAAACUCAAAUUCUUAUUGAGAAAAAAUCAGCUCCUCUUCUCCAAGGAUUGGAAUCACUCAUAAACUCUGACAAGAAUUACAGCGCUACUUCAGGAUUGUACGAGCAGAAGGAGCUGCUUUCUCGUUGGGAGGAGAAUCGCAUAUCUAAAGAAUUGAAGUCAGCGAAACCAAAAAAUUCAGAGGUUUUACAGGAACUCGUAUCCGCCCUUGAAGUCAUGGAGUCGCUUGCGCUAACUUAUCAAAAUUUUGUCGGGAUAUUUUUCCACUUAAGUGAUAGUCUCGACUUUGAGGAGUUUGUGACAGCGUACCCAAACUCCAGCUCUCGAAUUUCGCCAUUAAACGUGGUUGACCCAAUAGAGUCCGAUCGCGAGUCGGCCGGUUUAAAGAUGCAGCUGAUGACGAAAAUAUUUCAGUCCAUCUUCAACGAUUUCUUCAACAUACUUUUGGACUUCACUAAAAAGCAAGCAUCACUAAUUCCCGUCAUUCUUCUGUACCUCGAAGAAGGUGUUAUACGCUAUGAGGGAUCGAAUCAGGAGUUUUUGAUGGCUACAUUUGAAAAGUUCUUUGGCAAGUUCACCCAAGAAUGGCAAGAAUACGUUACCGACCAAGGGGCAGCCAUUGAAAGAGCUACCAUAAAUCCAAGCCUCAAGGGAGUUACGCCAUUUGCGACUGGGUUUACGUCAUUUAUUGUUCACGUCGAAGAUGAAAUAAGCUUCAUAAGCAAAAGUUUGGAAAUCGACGUGGCCAAGUAUCCCAAAGUUCGAAAAACUCUCGAUAGCUCAUACAAUUUGUUGGGUCAAUCUCUGCUGGCCCUUCUGCAGAAGGAUUUCCAAGGUCCAGUGUCGAAUAGUAUGAUGCCGACCUCCCAUGCUUCAAAAGGAGGUCCCCAUUCAAUAACUCUACUCAUAAACUGUAAUUGGGUGAUCGAGGUACUUCCAGUUUUCGGCAGCGAGUCACUAUUCGUUGAUUGCCUCCAAAGCACCAGAAACAUAUUUAACGUGGAAAAAGAAAGGUACGCGGAGACUUUAUUGCGCAGCUCAAUGAAUCAUCUCUACAGCUUUGUGGAUGGGGCCUACCCUCUAAUGGAAGCUUCGAAGAGUCGUGUCGUGAGCCCUUCCCAGUGGAGCGUUUACAGUCAGCACAACCUAAACAAAAUUUUAGAGAGGUAUUCCUCUCACGAAAUUGCUGCUGUGGUCGACAAGCUUUACCAUAUUAUUCAGCAAGAGAUUUUGAACAGUUCUCAGACCAAGGUGAGUGCAAUGUUACUUGAAAAGUUGUGGUCGUGCAUUCAAGGCCAGACCGUAUCUCUCUACUUGAAGCUCUACACCUUGAUUGAAAAACAAUACAAAGGCACAAAUGUGAAGUUUACCAAAAACGAGAUAAUAUCCGCAUUCAAUUCACAUAAGAGUGCAUCCUAA